AUGACCAUUGCUGAUGCCGACCACUUCAUCGACGAGCCCUUCGUAGGUGAGCUGUGUGCAGAGCGGGGUAGCAUAGUCCACCGCACGAUCGAUGAUGAUCAGACUAUCGAUCAGCUGGCUCGGAGUGGUGAGCGCUGGACUGGACGGAUCCGAAGCCAGAUGCUCUCGCCUCUGACGGAUCAGCAGAUCCGCAAGUCGGCGUGCAAGCGCACCUUUGCCGAGGAUGCGCGGAAAGAGGCCGUAGGCGUGCUGCAGCGUCAUGAGCGCUUGUGCGGAUCGAAAGAUGGGAGUGUGGUCGCCAUCGCAAUAGAUCUUUUUCCACGCCGCAUCGUCUUCGAGACUGAUGAGGUCGUGGUCGAGCGGUACGAAUUCGAGACCAAAGUCGAGCAGCGAGACGUCCGAGAGCACGGCUUCCUGAUCGAGGAACUGCAGACACGGCUCGGUCCUGUGCGGAACGAACGAGAUGGUAUAUGUGUGCUGCAGCGGAGAUGUUGGGCGUACGCUUCGAUCAGCCCGAAGAUGUUCUGGUGCAGCGUCAUGCGAUCCAUGGCAAAAGCGGAAAAGCAAGCGAGUCAGCUGCAGCUCAUUGAUUCAUCACGAGGGACGAGAAUCGGAUGGAAUGUCGCCUCCCGGCACAACCCAGCGUCUGUGGAGGCGAAAGCAGAGCUGGGUUGUAUAAGGAAGGGUCUUCGUUGGGAGCAUCCUUGUCAGGAAGAUCUCCUUGUUAUUUGGACAUUGACUGACCGCAUGCCUAUCGUUGAGGAGAUCUAG